AUGGCCAAGUAUACACAGACACAGAACAGACAAAGACCUCCUUCAGCCAGUCUGUCCUGUUUUAUUGGGGAAUUCUCUCAGUACUUAGCAUCAUUAGUCGUUACAUCAGAAGAACUUCUUAUCACAGGCAAUUUCAACAUCCAUGUGGAUAACGUCAAAAAUGCGGAUACGCAGAACUUCCUUAACUCUCUUGAUGAGUUUGGUUUAAAACAGCAUGUUGAUGAACCAACCCACAAAAGGGGGCAUAUACUUGACCUGGUCAUUACCAGAGAGUCGAACAACCUCCUGUUUUCUAAACCGGAGGUAAAAGAUUCCUUAUUAUGUGAUCUGAGAGGGAAUGUGUCCGGUGAUCACAAGGGUAUAUGUACUGUUUUGAAUGUUUCGAAACCGGAAAAACCAGAGAAAUUAGUGAGUUCUAGGCAAUUUCGUGAAGUUAAUAUAAAGGACCUGAGUUCCGACCUCGAUGACACCCUUAGUUUUCUGAAAUUAGAUGACAUUUCGCUUGACGACCAUGUUACGAAUUACGAUUCCAUUGUGCGCGAUGUUGUCGACAAACACGCACCUCUCUUAAGUAAAGAAAUUACGUUAAGACCGAACACAAAGUGGUACUCAUCUGAACUGCGCAAAGCAAAACGUGAGAAAAGAAAAGUGAAAGGUAACAAGAUAAACAACAUUCGAGAUGAGUUGGUCAGUGAAAGCAGAGGCGACACUAAUUACAUGGCUUUUGAUAAACCAUUUGAGGGCGAAGAGUUGGUCAAUUUUGAUCCUACAACUUGUGAGGAAGUUUUGAAAAUUUUGUCAAACUCUGCACCAAAAACGUGCUGUUUAGAUCCGUUACCAACCAAUUUACUCAAAGAAUGUGAAAGUUCAGUAUUAGUGCCUCAUAUCACAGAUAUCAUCAACAAAUCGAUAUCUGAGUGUUCUGUUCCAUCGAGUUUCAAGGAGGCAGUUGUGAAACCAUUGCUUAAAAAACAAGGUUUGGAUAAAGAAUGUUUCAAAAAUUAUCGACCUGUCUCGAACUUGCCCUUCAUAUCAAAAGUUUUGGAAAAGGUCUUCGCCAUUCGAAUUGAUCGUCAUCUAGAACAAAACCGUCUUAACGAUGACCUUCAGUCCGCUUACAGGAAAUACCAUUCCACUGAGACAGCCCUACUUCGUGUUCAUCACGACAUUGCUGCUGCGCUGGACAACAACAGUUGUGCAGUUCUAGUUAUGUUGGAUCUUUCUGCAGCCUUCGACGUCAUUGACCAUGGCAUCUUGUACAAACGGCUUGCACACACUUUUGUAUGCUGUCUGAAUGAAAUCAAGUCAUGGAUGUCUGGUAACAUGCUGAAAUUAAACGAGGAUAAAACUGAUCUUAUUGUAUUUGCCCCUAAGAGUCGAAUCAAAACCAUGACCGAAUUCAGCUUAUCGUUUGGAGAAAAAAUCAUUCACAGUGUUCCGAAUGCCACAUCAAUUCAACAGCGACUCCCAAGACCAAUAGAGAACAACAAAAUGCCUAAUCCAGCCUCCACUGCAUCUCUUCAAGAAGUUGAAGACAGAGAAUUAACUGCCAUCCGAUCUUGA